UGGUUUAUGGACUUUCAACGUUUCCAGGAAGGUUCAAAAAUCUUUGCCAGCCAAAAGCUUUGGUAUGGAAAACAGUAUACAACAUUGUGUAGGUAAAAAUUCGUUACUGUUGGUCUAGUCUGUUUUGAACACAGAGCUUAAAAAACCUGCGAUAACUAAGUAGUCGAUGUACACCUUAUCUAUGACCUUAUGAUAUUAAAUAAUUUUAAUAUUCAAUGACACAAUAAACAAAGUCUUACAUAUAUAUAAAAGGUUACAAAGUGUAAACGCUCAUAUUUAGUGAGAAGGUGAUCUCUAAACUAAUCAACAUGAAACUGUACGUUGUGCUUUUGUGCAUUGCUGUUGUUUACGCCGAAGAAAAAGAAUCUUCGUCAGAAGAACUUGAUCUUGACUUCCUGGAGAAGUUUUUUUCAUUCAAGGGCAAUAAACAUAUGAAAGAUGCUCGUGAUAUUUUCAAUAAGACCCAAGAGAAAUGCCCAAACCUAAAAACAGACGCUGAGGACGUUUUGAAAAAAGUUGGAGAAUGUGUUGUGAAAAUAGAAAUGGGAUCUAAGACAAUCUGUCAAGUAAUCAAGGAAAAAAUUCCAAAAUGUUCCAAACCAAUUAUAGAUCUCAUAACGCCUUGCGUCGAAGAACAACAUCAGUAUCUGGUACGUCUCACAUUCAAGAUGGUCCAAGCGUUGAUGGAUCAGGCCUGCAACUCAACCGUUGAGGAAUUAUUAGGUUGGUUUUAUAUCGGGUUUUCCAAUAGGGACUCGACAACUUUGAUCUUUCAAAAUAUUCAUUAAAGAAAACGAUUUCAUUAUGGUGAAGUACACGCUUACAAAUAAUUAAAGUUUACUACCGAAAUUCCGAGUCGGUGACUGCAACUUUAAGAGCGUUAACGCCAAUUUUUAGUCGUAAUACUCGUCCCAGUAAACAAGCAAUUCAUAGUCUAGUGAAAAAAAAUUGAGUCCACAUAUUCGGUGCUGGAUGUUCCCGUGCCAGUGAGACAAUGGGUUGGUCGAAGUACCGAGAAUAUUGCUGCCGUUCCAGGUUCCGUCGCAAACGAAGAGAACACAUUGCGAAUUUUGCGAAGAGAUCUUGGCCUGCACCCUUAUAAGAUCAAGUUAACUCAAAAACUAAAGCCGUUCGAUCAUAUGAACUGACGUUGGUUCUCGAAUUGGUCUCUAGAAAUGUUGCAAGAAAAUUACCAUUUUCA